AUGAUUCAUUAUUGCCCAGGACAUCUCUGUAUUCUUCUUUCACCGCCAUUAAAAGACCCACUUCAGGCUGGUGAAUCAUGUGAACGAGAGAUCGAUGCAACCGAUCCAUUGCGUCCUACGACAAACGAGCUCAGCGGCGCCAAACUGCUUCUCCGAAAAGCCAUCAAAGAGCUGUCCCCUGACGUUCAAGCGACAGUUCCUGGACAGGUAUUACGGAAUCACAAGGUGGUGAAAACAACUCAUGAUCCCAGACGAGCAAGAAGCAGUGAGCAACGAUUGGGUACGGCUGCGUCUCAACACACUUUCGUAGUGGAAACAGAACGCCGUAGACCGCUAUUGUUGCCAGUCGGGCUCACGGAGGGAGCCUUGGAAUACAGAAAAACACAAGAAGCACUGCGAAAAGCUAGAGAGCAGGAGGAGAAGCGACUGCAACGUGAACAAGCUGAGCGAGAAGCUGCUGAAGCCAGGGAGCGAGAGAGGUAA